GUCAUUGACAAGAAUCAGUAGAGCAAAAAUUCAGUGAGUUUACUACAAAGACGCUACUCCAUACACAUUUUCAUAAACAAGAACAAAUAUUCAUAGAGAGAUGGUAGGAAUUGUUGUUUAUUUUUUAAUUUUUGUAGCUAGUUUAUUAUGGUACAUCACUAAAAGAAGAAGAAGAAGCAAGAAAUUAGAAGUUGAUCAAGGAGUUAAGCUACCUCCCGGUUCAAUGGGUUGGCCUUACAUUGGAGACACACUUCAACUCUACUCUCAAGACCCAAAUCAAUUCUUUGCUCACAAACAAAAAAGAUAUGGAGAAAUAUUCAAGACGCAUAUUCUUGGGUGUCCGUGUGUGAUGCUGGCUAGUCCUGAAGCGGCUCGGUUUGUGCUGGUGACUCAAGCUCACCUGUUCAACCCAACGUAUCCCAAAAGCAAAGAACAGUUAAUAGGGCCGUCAGCUCUAUUUUUUCACCAUGGAGAUUAUCAUUUCCGAUUGAGAAAGCUGGUUCAACGCUCCUUCUCUGUCUUUGCACUCCGUAACUUAGUUUCUGACAUUUCUGAUUUAGCAGCUUCCGCUUUAGAUUCUUGGGAUGGCGGACACGUCAUCAAUACCUUUCAAGAAUUAAAAAAGUUUUCUUUUGAAGUUGGUAUACUGGCCAUUUUUGGAAAUUUGGAGAGUCGUUAUAGAGAAGAACUGAAAAAGAAUUAUAGUAGAGUCGACAAAGGCUAUAAUUCCUUUCCCACAGGCCUGCCGGGAACUCCUUACAGAAAGGCUCUCAUGGCAAGAAAGAGACUGAGCAAGAUUCUGGGUGAGAUUAUAAGUGAAAGAAAGGAGAAGAAAUUGCUGGACAAUGAUCUUUUGGGUUGUCUGUUGAACUCAAAAGAUGAACAGGGCCAAGUGUUGACCGAUGAUCAGGUCGCCGAUAACAUUAUCGGAGUGCUGUUUGCUGCUCAAGAUACUACCGCUAGUGCCAUGACUUGGAUUGUCAAGUACCUUCAUGAUAAUCCCAAACUUCUUGAAGCUGUUAAGGCUGAACAGAAGGCAAUUUACAAGAUGAAUGAUGAAGGGAAUCAGGCAUUGAACUGGAAUCAAACUAGAAAUAUGCCAUUUACUUACAAGGUUGUGUUAGAGAGUUUGAGAAUGGCAAGUAUUAUCUCUUUUACCUUUAGAGAAGCAGUGGCCGAUGUGGAAUAUAAAGGGUAUCUAAUUCCCAAAGGUUGGAAGGUAAUGCCUUUGUUCAGGAACAUUCAUCACAAUCCACAAUAUUACACUGAUCCUCAAAAUUUUGAUCCUUCAAGAUUUGAGGUGGCACCAAAACCCAAUACAUUUUUGCCAUUUGGAAGUGGAGUUCAUGCUUGCCCAGGAAAUGAGCUUGCCAAGCUGGAGAUGCUUAUUAUUACCCAUCAUUUAGCAACCAAAUUCAGAUGGGAAAUAGAAGGAUCUCAAAAUAAGAUUCAUUAUGGCCCAUUUCCAGUGCCUGAGCAUGGACUUCCAGCCAGAUUUUGGAAAGCUGAGACUGAGAUUGCCAUGCCAAUUUCAUCAUCAUCACCACCUUCUUUGUAAUAGAUUCUCAUUUUUCUUCCUUAAUUAGGAUCUAGACUCCAUUUCCCAGUCAAAAUCUUAUCUGGGAAUAUCAAAGUUUUUCCCCCUUCAUUUUUAUCUUAAGUGCAAUUCAAUCCUCUUUAUAUUUAUUAUUUGUAUCUUUCUUUCAAUUUACCGGUAAUGUAUCUAUAAUUUUCGAAACUUUUUUAUUGACCAAUAAUAUAAUAACCAUUACAGUUAGUAUUGUUA